UGCGCCUGGACUUCCUCUUCCUGGUCAACAUAAUUAAAACUACUUUCGCUAUUGGCCAGUGUUGUCGCCAUUCACAGGACACCCGACAUCAGCGCGGAUUCUGAAGAGAGCAGGACUCCCCAACAUGUGGAGCAUGAGUGUGUGUGUGUGUGGGGCACGAGCGUAUAAAUAGCCGAGCGCCCCACAGGAUUCGCUUUUUCGCUCGGAUGCCACCAACUCAACAGCAGGCGAGCGCGCUCCCACCAGGCGCCUGAUAGAAAACCUAUUAUUUUGCGCAGCUAACGAGCCUUUUCGUUGCCACAUUGAGAUGCCACACCAGUGCUAGGGGACGGGACGGACACCAGCAAAGAUGGAGACCGCCACGGGCUACCAGGAUAUUAGCGCCCUGGAAAAAUCGGUGGCCAAUGCUGGCUCCCAGCUGUACACGAUGGCCCACAAGCUACACGCGGUGGAGCGCAGCCUGGAGCAGACCACAAUGGAGCAGAUGGACGAGAUGGAGGUGAUGGAGCUGCUCGAGUCCAUGACCGAGGUGAAGAACGAGUACCAAAAUCUGCGCAAAGACAUCCAGGAGGUGCAGCAGCUGCAGCGUGACGUCAGCACCUCGAUACGCUUUCAGAUGCGCAGCAUGCAGCAGACGUUCCAGAUGCUAAAGAAGCGGAUUGCCACCUCCCAGGAGCAGAAGCAAAAGAAACAGCGGCAGCAGCCGCGCACCAACACCACCACCGAACUCCCCGCCAUAGUAACGGCCAAUGAACAGUAGGCGGGGGACCCACUAGGACUGGGGCUAAGGGUUGGGGUUGUGGCCAGGGCAAUUUAUGAAUAUUCCAUGGGUUUUAUUGAUUGCCCAGCUGCUAGUUAGCUAACCCCAAACAAAACCCCAAACAAAGCCCCAACCCAAUCCCAAAGCAAAGCAAACUGCUGAAAGAAAUGUGUCAAAUCUGGUGGAGGGAGUGGGACACCACCGACCACCAAUCAAAUGCAAUCAACUGAGUGAUGGGGGCACUGGAUACUAGAUAUUGAUAUCAGAAGCAACACCAAGCAUUUAGACUCGGAACAGGAACAGAUCCUCUACUUUAUAUACACGGAAAACACCUACACACCAACACACCACCAGAGAACGUGUAUCCUAUAUCCCUGUUAGGACUUAGUGUAAGCGCAAGAGCACUACUUUAUGAUGCAAGGAAAACCAAAUGUCUGAUACCAUUUGAAUGAGAAUGCACUUUUUCAAAAUUUGCCUUAACAUAAUCGUAUUGUAUUGUACUAAUUUUUGAUACGACACGUUUUAAAGUACAUACAAAACAUAUAUAUGUACAUACUCGUAUAUUAAUUAG